UCGAACGUCGUCGGUGUUGAAACGUUACGCGCUAUCGGCUGCAUAAAAUAGUGCAAUGUGGGUGCUCAAAGUGUUUGCGAUAGUGGUGCUUGUCGACAGAGCUGAGCUUAUCAGCACUAAGCAUUCUCGGAUGGAGAAUAAAAAUACAUCGUUGGAAAUGUUGUGGGACUUAACAAAUUUAGCAUUACAACAGACCAACCUAGAAGGAAGACAAGGUGGAUACGGAUUUCCUCAAAAUAAUAGACCUUAUCAACCAGGUUAUAGACCCCAAGGACCUUAUAAUCAUGGAUAUCCCCAGAAUCAACAAUAUCCCUCUCCAGGUCCUUUUGGUUUUCAAGGACCACAAGGUCCCGCAUCCAUUAUGGAUGUUCUCCACUCUGUUGCUCAGAACGAUGAGCUCCACUGCGUGCCAAAGUUACUGUGCGAGUUGACAUCAAAUACUAGAUCUGACGGCAAACAAUCCUCAUUGUUACCGUUCAAUUUGAACAUGGACUCUUUGCUCGGAUUAUUUUCUGCAUUUGGUCCAUCGUCGAAUCCGCUCUUCUUGUUUGGUAGAGCUGCCUUGUUGGGUUAUACCACGCGUGGGUCGUCGUGCUACAGCGCGUUUUCGCGAUGCCCCAAUGACCCCGACCAAUUAGUAAACUACUUGAACAACUACAACGGUGGCUUCUUUAGAUACUUCAAUGGUAACCCACGACCACAUCCAAGUCUCCAGCAGCAAUACUAUCAAGGAUAUCCUCAACGUUAUUAUCCCCAGAAGCGUAUUCUGACCAAUUCGAUAACAAACAAAUAUCCUUAUCGAUUUCCGUAUGAGCACGACAGUGGCAAUCGAUUAUCGAAUGGAAUAAAAUUUCCUGCGGACGAUGUCGUGAGCAACUCUAUUGACAGUGGUUUCUACACGAAACAGGCGUAUAAAUCAACGAAGACUCUAACGUUUCCGGACGGCACUUCCGGCGAUGGACGGUAUUACAAGAAUUUCAGAGGAGCCAAGACGUUGAGCUUUCCGGAUGCGCAUUAUGACCGUGGAUUGGAUUUUCAAAUGGUCCGACCGAGUCAUGUUGCCUCACCUUAUAUUUUCCCAACGCGGACCGGAACCGGCGAGCUUUUACUUGACACGGAAGAAUUAUAUUAAGUUUUUUUUAAAGAAAA